GAACCCUCCGUCGUGGGAGAGGGAGAGAACGAAAUUUACUUUCCCCGUCUUGUGCAGUUUCGAUCAAUUAGAUCCUUUCUCAAAACCCUAGUCGAAAACCCCCCUUUUAAAAUUCUCAAACAAAGCCAGCAAUUUCAGUCCCAAUUCGUUCAAAUUACAACUCUGAAUUAUUGAAAUUCAGUUCUCUUGAAAAGCUUCUCAAUUUCUCGUAACUUAAACCCCAGUUCAAGUCCGUUUGCUUCAAAGAUCGUUGAUUUCUGCAUCAGGUUUUGAGGGUUUAUACAACAUGAGUCCUAUUCAGGAUUUCGAGCAGCAUUCGCGGCACCUUUUCGAAGCCGACCUCCCAAUUCAAACAAGACUACAGAUGGCAAUGGAGGUACGGGAUAGUUUGGAGAUAACGCACACAGGGGAGUAUUUGAAUUUCUUAAAAUGCUAUUUUCGGGCGUUUUCUGGUGUUUUAUAUCAGAUUACAAAGCCACAGUUCUCAGAUAAUCCUGAACAUAAGCUGAGGAACAUUGUGAUUGAGAUACUAAAUAGGCUUCCUCAUAGUGAAGUACUAAGACCAUUUGUACAGGAGCUUUUGAAGGUGGCAAUGCACGUUCUAACAACGGAUAAUGAAGAAAAUGGCUUAAUUUGCAUCCGUAUUAUCUUUGAUUUGCUUCGGAACUUUAGGCCUUCUUUAGAAAAUGAAGUUCAACCCUUUUUGGACUUUGUUUGUAAAAUUUACCAGAAUUUUAGGGCUACUGUAAGCUAUUUCUUUGAGAGUGGGGCAAUGGCAGUACCUCCACCGCCCAUGCCCACGUCGUCUGUGUCCUCUUUGGGUGAGGCAGAUGUGAAGCCAAUGGAGGUGUCAGAUCAAAUGAGUACUUCUAAUGGGUAUUUUGGUGCUGGUCAGCUUAAUCCCACUACGAGAUCAUUUAAGAUAGUUACUGAGAGUCCGUUGGUGGUGAUGUUCCUGUUUCAAUUAUAUGGCCGGCUGGUUCAGACAAAUAUUCCCCAUUUGUUGCCCUUGAUGGUUUCAGCCAUAUCAGUGGCGGGGCCUGAAAAGGUGCCUCCUCAUUUGAAGACCCACUUUAUUGAACUGAAGGGUGCGCAAGUUAAGACAGUUUCUUUCUUGACUUACCUGUUGAAGAGUUUUGCUGACUACAUUAAGCCGCACGAAGAGAGUAUAUGUAAAAGCAUUGUGAAUCUGCUUGUCACAUGUUCAGACUCAGUGUCUAUCCGAAAGGAACUGCUGGUGGCCCUCAAACAUGUUCUUGGGACAGACUUCAAGAGGGGUUUGUUUCCCCUUAUUGACACUCUUUUGGAAGAGAGGGUCCUUGUUGGAACUGGCCGUGCAUGCUUUGAGACAUUGAGGCCUUUGGCUUACAGCCUAUUGGCGGAGAUUGUUCACCAUGUCAGGGGGGAUCUUUCUUUGUCCCAGUUAUCACGAAUAAUUUAUCUUUUCUCAAGCAACAUGCAUGAUGCUUCUUUGUCGCUCAGCAUCCAUACCACAUGUGCUCGUUUGAUGUUAAAUCUGGUGGAACCAAUUUUUGAGAAAGGUGUUGACCAGCAAUCCAUGGAUGAAGCAAGGAUUUUGUUGGGUCGGAUUUUGGACGCUUUUGUCGGCAAAUUCAACACGUUUAAGCGUACAAUUCCGCAGUUACUUGAAGAGGGGGAGGAUGUGAAAGGUCGAUCUACAUUGAGGUCAAAACUAGAACUUCCAGUGCAGGCGGUACUCAAUUUGCAAGUCCCUGUGGAGCACUCUAAGGAAGUCAAUGAUUGCAAGCAUCUGAUUAAAACUUUGGUUAUGGGAAUGAAAACCAUAAUAUGGAGCAUCACCCAUGCACAUUUGCCUCGAUCACAGGUUUCGGCUUCCACUCAGGGGACGCCUCCUCAAGUUCUUGCCUCAGCCUCGACUAGUUCAUCAGUACCUCAACCUUUUAAAGGAAUGAGAGAAGAUGAGGUUUGGAAAGCUUCUGGUGUGCUUAAAAGUGGUGUUCAUUGCUUGGCAUUAUUUAAAGAGAAGGAGGAAGAGAGAGAAAUGAUCCAUCUUUUUUCCCAGAUUUUGGCUAUUAUGGAACCACGGGAUCUAAUGGACAUGUUCUCCUUGUGUAUGCCUGAAUUGUUUGAGUGCAUGAUUUCUAACACACAGCUAGUCCACAUCUUUUCCAGCCUAUUGCAAGCACCAAAGGUCUUUAGACCAUUUGCAGAUGUCCUUGUUAACUUCCUUGUAAGCAGCAAACUUGAUGUCCUGAAGCAUCCAGAUUCACCUGCAGCAAAGCUGGUUUUGCAUCUUUUUCGGUUUUUGUUUGGUGCUGUUGCAAAGGCUCCUUCAGACUGUGAGCGCAUUCUGCAACCUCAUGUGCAUGUUAUUAUGGAAACUUGCAUGAAAAAUGCAACUGAGGUAGAAAAACCCAUUGGUUAUUUGCAACUCCUUCGUACAAUGUUCCGUGCCCUUGCUGGAGGAAAAUUUGAACUUCUAUUGCGUGACUUGAUUUCUAUGCUGCAACUCUGUCUGAGUAUGCUAUUGGCUUUGCUUGAGGGGCCUAAUGGUGAAGAUAUGAGGGAACUUCUGCUGGAGCUUUGCUUGACACUGCCUGCACGGUUAAGUUCACUGUUACCUUACCUUCCUCGCCUGAUGAAGCCUCUUGUUAUGUGUCUCAAAGGAAGUGAUGACCUAGUGAGUCUUGGUUUAAGAACACUUGAGUUCUGGAUUGAUAGUUUGAAUCCUGAUUUUUUGGAACCAAGCAUGGCAAAUGUCAUGUCUGAGGUGAUUUUGGCAUUAUGGUCUCAUUUGAGGCCCGCACCUUAUCCUUGGGGUGGGAAGUCUCUGCAGCUCCUUGGCAAGUUAGGUGGGCGUAAUAGGCGUUUUCUCAAAGAACCUCUUGCUCUUGAAUGCAAGGAGAAUCCUGAGCAUGGGCUUCGUGUGAUCCUUACAUUUGAACCAUCCACUCCAUUUUUGGUGCCAUUAGAUCGUUGUAUAAAUCUUGCGGUGGCUGCUGUCAUGCAAAGAAGUGCUAUUGUGGAUGCUUUCUACCGAAGACAAGCUCUGAAAUUUCUUCGUGUAUGCCUGUCAUCUCAACUUAAUCUUCCAGGUAGUGCUACUGAUGAUGGAUUUACUUCUAGGAUGCUAUCGACAUUGUUGGUUUCCUCAGUUGAUCCAUCUUGGAGAAGAUCAGAGACAUCUGAUAUAAAGGCUGACCUGGGCGUCAAGACAAAGACUCAACUCCUUGCUGAAAGAUCUGUUUUCAAAAUUCUCCUUAUGACCAUUAUCGCAGCAAGUGCUGAACCAGAUCUGCAUGAUUCCAAAGAUGAGUAUGUCAUCAGUGUCUGUCGACAUUUUGCCAUCAUAUUUCAUAUAGAAAGCUCUGCUGCCCAUGGUACUCUUUCUGCUGCUCCAGUUGGUGCUUCUGUGCUUUCGUCUAGCACCAUUGUUAGUGCAAAGUCAAGAUAUAGUACUUCUUCCAACCUGAAAGAGUUGGACCCUCUUAUCUUUUUGGAUGCUUUAGUGGAUGUCCUGGCAGAUGAAAAUAGACUGCAUGCCAAGGCAGCUUUAAAUGCACUAAAUGUAUUUGCUGAGACACUUCUAUUCCUUGCUCGCUCAAAACAUUCAGAUGUAUUGAUGUCAAGAGGAGGUCCUGCUACACCUAUGAUGGUCUCUAGCCCAUCAAUGAGUCCUGUAUAUUCUCCACCUCCUAGUGUUCGUGUCCCUGUUUUUGAGCAGCUUCUUCCCCGUCUUCUGCAUUGUUGCUUUGGAUGUACAUGGCAAUCACAAAUGGGGGGAGUCAUGGGGCUUGGUGCUUUGGUUGGGAAAGUCACCGUUGAAACUUUGUGUGCUUUUCAAGUGCGUAUUGUGCGUGGACUUGUUUUUGUUCUCAAAAGACUUCCUGUUUAUGCCACUAAAGAGCAGGAGGAGACCAGCCAGGUGCUUACACAAGUUCUUCGUGUGGUGAAUAAUGUUGAUGAAGCAAAUAGUGAAGCGCGGAGGCAAAGCUUCCAAGGAGUAGUUGAAUACUUCGCAUUGGAAUUGUUUAAUCCUAAUGUGUCUAUCAAUGUGAGGAGGACUGUGCAGUCUUGUUUAGCACUUCUCGCAAGCAGGACUGGUAGUGAGGUUUCUGAGUUGCUUGAGCCCCUAUACCAACCUUUGCUUCAGCCUCUUGUAGGGCGUCCAUUACGGUCAAAGACUGUUGAGCAACAGGUGGGGACUGUUACAGCUUUGAACUUUUGCUUGGCCUUGAGACCUCCACUUCUAAAGUUGACUCAGGAGCUAAUUAGUUUCCUGCAAGAAGCAUUGCAAAUAGCUGAGGCUGAUGAAACAGUAUGGGUUAUUAAAUUUAUGAAUCCUAAGGUUGCAAACUCAUUGAACAAAUUGCGCACAGCCUGCAUUGAAUUACUCUGUACUGCUAUGGCAUGGGCCGAUUUUAAAACCCAAAAUCAAUCUGAACUGCGCUCAAAAAUUAUUUCGAUGUUCUUCAAGUCUCUGACAAGCAGAACCUCAGAAAUUGUAGCUGUUGCAAAGGAAGGGUUGAGACAGGUCAUACAGCAGCAAAGGAUGCCUAAAGAACUUCUACAAAGUAGCCUUAGGCCUAUAUUGGUUAACUUGGCCCACACUAAAAAUCUCAACAUGCCUCUUCUUCAAGGUUUGGCCCGCCUGCUUGAACUACUGGCCAAUUGGUUUAAUGUGACCUUAGGUGGCAAGUUACUGGAGCAUCUUAGGAAAUGGUUGGAACCUGAAAAGCUAGCACAGUGUCAGAAGUCGUGGAAGGCUGGAGAGGAACCAAAAAUAGCUGCUGCUAUUAUCGAACUCUUCCACCUGCUUCCCUCUGCGGCUGGGAAGUUUCUGGAUGAUCUUGUGACAUUGACUAUCGAAUUGGAAGCAGCCCUUCCACCUGGGCAGUUUUACAGUGAGAUUAACAGUCCAUAUAGGCUGCCAUUGACCAAGUUCCUGAAUCGAUAUCCAACUGUUGCUGUGGAUUACUUUCUUGCUCGGCUAUGUCAACCUAAAUACUUCAGGCGCUUUAUGUACAUCAUAAGGUCAGAUGCUGGGCAGCCUUUAAGAGAAGAACUUGCAAAAUCACCGGAAAAGAUAAUUGCAAGUGCUUUUCCUGAAUUUAUUGCCAAAUCUGAUGCAUCUGCUGUACAAGAAUCUUUGAGUCGGCCAAGCACUUCUACUGGUGAUGAAGGCCUUGGUACUCCUCAAGUCGAGGCUUCUAUUCCUUCAGCUUCAACGAAUGUGGCUUCUCAAGAUGCUUAUUUCCAGGGUCUUGCCUUAGUGAAAACUUUGGUCAAGUUGAUGCCCAACUGGUUACAGAACAACCGUGUUAUCUUUGAUACUCUGGUACUGAUGUGGAAGUCACCAGCAAGAAUCUCCCGUCUGCAGAAUGAACAGGAAUUAAAUUUAGUUCAGGUCAAAGAGAGCAAAUGGCUUGUCAAAUGCUUCCUGAAUUAUUUGCGACAUGAUAAAACUGAAAUCAAUGUUCUGUUUGAUAUCCUUUCCAUCUUUCUCUUUCGUACUCGUAUAGAUUUUACCUUCUUGAAGGAGUUCUAUAUCAUUGAGGUUGCUGAAGGCUAUCCACCCAACAUGAAGAGAACCCUGCUCCUGCAUUUUUUGAACCUUUUCCAGUCUAGACAACUUGGUCAUGAUCAUUUGGUGGUUGUAAUGCAAAUGCUUAUUCUUCCAAUGCUAGCUCACGCAUUUCAGAAUGGUCAGACUUGGGAUGUAGUUGACUCUGCAAUAAUUAAGACUAUUGUUGACAAGCUUCUCGACCCUCCAGAAGAGGUUUCUGCUGAUUAUGAUGAGCCUUUGAGGAUAGAGCUUCUGCAACUUGCUACUCUGCUUCUCAAGUAUCUACAGACAGACCUUGUUCAUCACCGGAAGGAACUUAUUAAGUUUGGUUGGAAUCAUCUGAAACGUGAAGAUAGUGCUAGUAAACAGUGGGCAUUUGUUAAUGUCUGCCAUUUCUUGGAGGCUUAUCAAGCUCCAGAGAAAAUUAUUCUUCAGGUAUUUGUCGCUCUCCUUAGGACUUGCCAGCCGGAGAAUAAAAUGUUGGUUAAACAAGCACUUGAUAUACUCAUGCCAGCACUUCCAAGAAGGUUACCUCUUGGUGAUUCCCGUAUGCCUAUCUGGAUUCGUUACACCAAAAAGAUUCUCGUUGAGGAGGGUCACUCUAUCCCUAAUCUCAUCCACAUAUUCCAGCUCAUAGUUCGCCAUUCAGAUCUAUUCUACAGUUGUAGAGCACAGUUUGUACCUCAGAUGGUGAACUCUCUGAGUCGCCUGGGAUUGCCAUAUAAUACUACGGCUGAAAAUAGACGACUUGCAAUUGAACUUGCUGGGUUGGUUGUGAACUGGGAACGACAAAGACAAAGCGAAAUGAAAAUAGUACCUGCUAAUGAUGGGACCGGUCAAAAUGCUGAUGGAUUGAGUCAUGCUUCUGCUGGUAGUGUUGAUCCCAAGCAUCCAACAGAUGGAUCUUCAUUCUCAGAAGACCCUAGUAAGCGUGUGAAGGUUGAACCUGGUCUUCAAUCCCUUUGUGUUAUGUCACCUGGCGGUGCUUCAUCAAUUCCUAAUAUUGAAACUCCUGGAUCUGGCGGGCAACCUGAUGAAGAGUUUAAGCCAAAUGCAGCUAUGGAGGAAAUGAUUAUUAAUUUCCUGAUCAGAGUAUGGUUUUUCCCUGAAAUGGUAGCGUUAGUGAUAGAGCCCAAAGAUAAGGAAGCAAGUUUGAUGUACAAACAAGCUUUGGAUCUCUUAUCACAAGCUUUGGAAGUGUGGCCAAAUGCUAAUGUCAAAUUUAAUUAUUUGGAGAAGCUGCUCAACAAUCUACCACCCUCUCAGUCAAAGGACCCUUCCACAGCACUUGCCCAGGGUCUAGAUGUAAUGAACAAGGUUCUUGAGAAGCAACCUCAUCUGUUCAUCCGCAACAAUAUCAACCAUAUAUCUCAGAUUCUAGAACCGUGCUUCAAGUUCAAAGUGCUAGAUGCUGGGAAGUCAAUGUGUUCCCUCUUGAAAAUGGUUUACGUUGCUUUUCCACCUGAAGCAUCUAAUACAACACAAGAUGUGAAGAUGUUGUAUCAAAAGGUAGAAGAGCUUAUACAGAAGCACCUUGCUGCUGUUGCAACUCCUCAGACUUCUGGAGAAGACAAUUCAGGUAGCAUGGUGAGCUUUGUGCUUUAUGUAAUCAAAUCCUUGGCAGAGGUGCACAAAAACUUUAUUGAGCCAGUAAAUCUGGUCCGUCUUCUUCAGCGCCUGGCUCGAGAUAUGGGGUCAUCCAUUGGUUCCCAUGUGCGGCAGGGUCAGAGAUCAGAUCCUGAUUCUGCCGUCACUUCUUCUCGUCAAGGUGCUGAUGUUGGAGUCGUCAUUGCCAACUUGAAAUCUGUGUUGGGCCUUAUUAGUGAAAGGGUCAUGGCCAUCCCAGAUUGUAAACGACCUGUAACCCAAAUUCUGAACUCCCUGCUUUCUGAGAAGGGUACUGACUCUUCUGUGUUGCUUAGCAUACUAGAUGUAAUAAAGGGAUGGAUUGAAGAGGACAUGACAAAACCUGGAGUUUCUAUUGCAUCUAAUACCUUUCUUUCUCCAAAAGAUGUUGUUUCUUUCCUCCAGAGGCUUUCACAAGUGGAUAAACAGAACUUCACGCUCAGUGCUGCAGAAGAGUGGGACAAAAAGUAUAUUGAGCUUCUCUAUGGUCUUUGUGCAGAUUCAAACAAGUAUGCUCAUUCUUUGCGUCACGAAGUUUUCCAGAAGGUAGAGAGGCAAUAUUUGCUUGGGAUACGGGCAAAAGAUCCUGAAAUGAGAAUGAAGUUUUUUACUCUUUAUCAUGAAUCCCUUGGGAGAAUGUUGUUCACAAGAUUGCAGUACAUCAUCCAAAUUCAGGAUUGGGAAGCUUUGAGUGAUGUAUUUUGGCUGAAGCAAGGGCUUGAUCUUCUUUUAUCUAUUUUGGUUGAGGAUAAGUCCAUAACGCUAGCUCCAAAUUCUGCCAAGGUGCCUCCACUUGUAGUGGCGGGUUCUGUUGGUGAUUCUAUAGGGCCACAACCUAUGGUCUUGGAUAUUCCAGAAGGUUCGGAAGAGGCUCCUCUAACCAUUGAUAGUUUUGUAGCAAAACAUGCACAGUUUUUGAAUGAAAUGAGCAAGCUCCAGGUUGCUGAUCUUGUCAUUCCACUGAGAGAACUGGCACACACGGAUGCAAAUGUUGCGUAUCACCUCUGGGUUUUGGUGUUCCCUAUUGUGUGGGUGACUUUGCACAAGGAAGAACAGGUAGCGCUUGCAAAGCCAAUGAUAACUCUGUUAUCAAAGGACUAUCAUAAGAAGCAGGCAACCCAUCGGCCAAAUGUUGUGCAAGCUCUUCUGGAAGGACUUCAGCUGAGUCAUCCUCAGCCUCGAAUGCCUAGUGAAUUAAUCAAAUACAUUGGAAAAACUUACAAUGCAUGGCACAUUGCGUUAGCGCUGCUGGAAAGUCAUGUUAUGCUUUUCUUGAAUGACACGAAAUGCUCAGAGUCUCUUGCUGAGCUUUACCGAUUACUCAAUGAAGAAGAUAUGAGGUGUGGAUUGUGGAAGAAACGGUCAAUUACUGCUGAAACACGGGCUGGACUUUCUCUGGUUCAGCAUGGCUAUUGGCAGCGGGCUCAAAGUCUCUUCUACCAAGCCAUGGUUAAAGCAACCCAGGGCACUUACAACAAUACAGUUCCAAAAGCUGAAAUGUGUCUCUGGGAGGAGCAGUGGUUAAGUUGUGCUAGUCAACUUAGUCAAUGGGAUGUAUUGGUCGACUUUGGCAAGAUGGUUGAAAAUUAUGAGAUAUUGCUUGAUAGUCUGUGGAAACAGCCUGAUUGGGCAUAUUUAAAAGACCAUGUUAUCCCAAAGGCUCAAGUGGAGGAUAGUCCAAAACUGCGUAUUAUUCAGUCCUAUUUUUCCCUUCAUGAGAAGAGUACAAAUGGCGUGGCUGAGGCUGAAAACACUGUUGGAAAAGGUGUUGAUCUUGCUUUGGAACAGUGGUGGCAGUUACCUGAAAUGUCCAUUCAUGCCAAAAUUUCCCUUCUACAGCAAUUUCAACAACUAGUUGAAGUUCAAGAAUCAGCUAGGAUAAUUGUGGACAUUGCCAAUGGAAAUAAACUCUCUGGAAAUUCUGCUGUUGGCGUUCAUGGUGGCCUAUAUGCUGAUCUUAAGGACAUCCUUGAGACAUGGAGGCUAAGGAUACCAAAUGAAUGGGACAGUUCGUCUGUUUGGUAUGAUUUACUUCAAUGGAGGAAUGAAAUGUAUAAUGCUGUGAUUGAUGCUUUUAAGGAUUUUGGUAGUACAAAUUCACAGUUGCAUCACCUUGGAUAUCGUGACAAGGCUUGGAAUGUCAAUAAGCUUGCUCAUAUUGCUCGUAAGCAGGGUCUUUAUGAGGUGUGUGUGUCUGUGUUGGAGAAGAUGUAUGGACAUUCAACCAUGGAAGUUCAGGAAGCUUUUGUGAAAAUAAGAGAACAAGCAAAAGCUUAUUUAGAAAUGAAGGGAGAGCUGACUAGUGGGCUUAAUUUGAUAAACAGUACUAAUCUGGAGUAUUUUUCUGUUAAGCACAAAGCUGAAAUCUUUCGCCUCAAGGGAGACUUUCUGUUAAAGCUUAAUGAUUGUGAAGGGGCUAAUCUUGCUUAUUCAAAUGCUAUCAGUCUUUUCAAGAAUCUGCCGAAGGGGUGGAUUAGUUGGGGAAACUAUUGUGACAUGGCUUAUAAGGAAACACACGAAGAGAUUUGGUUAGAGUACUCUGUUAGCUGCUUCUUACAAGGCAUCAAAUUUGGUAUUCCUAAUUCGAGAGGCCACCUCGCACGGGUUCUAUAUCUUCUCAGUUUUGAUACUCCAAAUGAACCUGUUGGGAAGGCAUUUGAUAAGUACCUGGAGCAGAUACCCAACUGGGUUUGGCUUUCUUGGAUUCCACAGCUAUUACUUUCCUUGCAGAGGACAGAAGCUCCACAUUGCAAGCUUGUGCUAAUGAAAGUUGCUACCGUCUUUCCACAGGCAUUGUAUUACUGGUUGCGAACAUAUUUGCUUGAGCGCCGGGAUGUCGCAAGUAAGUCUGAAUAUGGCAGAAUGGCAAUGGCACAGCAAAGAAUGCAGCAAAAUGUUUCUGGUGCCAAUGCAGCUACUCCUAUGGGCCUUGCUGAUGGGAAUGCUAGAAUGACUGGCCAGAGUGGGGGAUCAUCAGCUGGUGAAAAUCAUAUUCCCCAGGGAGCUCAGUCUGGUGGAGGUGUUGGAUCACAGGAUGGCAAUAGUUCUCAAAUUCAGGAACCUGAAAGGCCAGACAGUAGUAUGCCCUCUGGUAAUGACCAGUCCUUACACCAGGGUUCAUCAGGCAGUGAUGGUGGUCAAGCUGCGCUACGUCGUAAUAGUGCUCUGAGUUUAGUUGCAUCUGCUGCCAGUGCUUUUGAUGCCGCCAAAGAUAUAAUGGAAACUUUACGCAGCAAACACUCUAAUCUGGCCAGUGAACUUGAGAUCUUGCUCACUGAGAUCGGAUCCAGAUUUGUCACUUUGCCAGAGGAGAGACUGUUGGCAGUUGUUAAUGCUCUACUUCACCGUUGUUACAAGUACCCAACUGCAACUACUGCUGAAGUUCCUCAGUCUCUGAAGAAGGAGCUUUCUGGCGUGUGUAGAGCAUGUUUCUCAGCAGAUGCAGUGAACAAACAUGUCGACUUUGUAAGAGAAUACAAGCAGGAUUUUGAACGUGAUCUCGAUCCUGACAGUGCUGCAACAUUUCCAGCCACUCUUUCUGAACUUACGGAAAGACUGAAGCAUUGGAAAAAUGUCCUGCAAAGCAAUGUAGAGGACCGGUUUCCAGCUGUGCUUAAGCUGGAAGAUGAAAGUAGGGUGUUGAGAGAUUUUCAUGUUGUUGAUGUGGAAAUUCCAGGACAGUACUUUACUGAUCAUGAAGUUGCACCAGAUCAUACUGUGAAGUUAGACAGGGUGGCAGCAGAUAUUCCAAUAGUGCGGAGGCAUGGUAGCAGCUUCCGCCGUUUGACACUGAUUGGAUCAGAUGGUUCUCAGCGCCAUUUUAUUGUUCAGACAUCUUUAACACCAAAUGCCAGAAGUGAUGAGCGGAUCCUACAGCUUUUCCGUGUGAUGAAUCGGAUGUUUGAUAAGCACAAGGAGUCCCGGCGGCGGCACAUCUGCAUUCACACCCCAAUUAUUAUACCUGUGUGGUCACAGGUUCGCAUGGUAGAGGAUGAUUUGAUGUACAGCACUUUCCUGGAGGUUUAUGAGAACCAUUGUGCAAGAAAUGACCGAGAAACAGACUUACCAAUCACAUUUUUCAAGGAGCAACUCAACCAAGCAAUAUCUGGACAGAUCUCACCAGAUGCUGUUGUUGAUCUCCGUCUUCAAGCAUAUAAUGAGAUCACCAAAAGUUUCGUCACAGAAAGCAUAUUCUCACAGUAUAUGUACAAAACACUCUUGAGUGGCAAUCACAUGUGGGCUUUCAAAAAGCAGUUUGCAAUCCAGUUGGCUCUUUCUAGUUUUAUGUCGUUCAUGCUCCAAAUUGGUGGAAGGUCUCCAAACAAGAUAUUAUUUGCUAAAAACACCGGAAAAAUUUUCCAGACUGAUUUCCAUCCUGCUUAUGAUGCAAAUGGAAUGAAAUUUAAUGAACCAGUGCCGUUCCGCCUGACCAGAAAUUUGCAAGCGUUUUUCUCUCAUUUUGGAGUAGAAGGCUUAGUUGUUUCUGCCAUGUGUGCUGCUGCUCAGGCUGUGGUCUCUCCUAAACAAAGCCAGCUCUUGUGGUAUCAUCUGGCAAUGUUUUUCCGAGAUGAGUUGUUAUCUUGGUCUUGGAGAAGACCUCUUGGGAUGCCUCUGGCCCCUGUUGUAGGGGCAGGUAAUCUGAACCCUGUGGACUUCAAACAAAAAGUCGCUACAAAUGUUGAGAAUGUCAUUGGGCGGAUCAAUGGAAUAGCUCCUCAAUACAUCUCAGAAGAGGAGGAGAAUGGCAUGGAUCCGCCACAAUCUGUGCAGAGGGGUGUAGCGGAGUUGGUUGAAGCUGCCCUUACUCCAAGGAACUUGUGCAUGAUGGAUCCGACGUGGCAUCCUUGGUUCUGAUUUAUUUUUUUCUAAUUUAAUUUUCGUGUUAUGCCAACUUUUAGGUGUCUAAUAGUGUAAUCUAACAUUAAUUAGUGACUAUAUAGUCUCUUGUAUUUUACCUUUAGGUGAUGCAAGCUAGAUAGUAGUGUAAAUAUUAUUGCUAGUUGCUCGUGUAUAUAAAUGAUCCCUUUUGCUGCCGGUUCUUUCCAGGCGCUUAUAGAGGCAAUGUUAGUCAGCAAAUAGUGGAAUUAGUUUUACUCAGUGCAGCCUAAUAUGUUCUUGCUUUUGAGCUACUUUCGAAGAA